GCUCCUCUCAUUCGACUAUGUCCGCAAACGACACUUUUCCGGUAACAAAGAUGGCGACCGUGGAGGAGAUCCGCCGUGCUCAGCGGGCCGAGGGUCCAGCCACCGUGUUGUCAAUCGGCACCGCCGUGCCGCCGAAUUGUGUCGAGCAGAGCACGUUUCCUGAUUCCUACUUCCGUGUCACAAACAGUGAACAUAUGGCCGAUGUUAAACGGACAUUUAAGCGCAUGUGCGAGAGCUCUACGAUAAAGAAACGCUACACGCACCUGACAGAGGAGCUUGUGAAGGAAAAUCCGAACAUGGCCGCCUAUAUGUCGCCGUCGCUGAACGUGCGGCAAGACAUGGUGGCGAUACAGGUGCCGAAGCUGGGCGCAGAGGCGGCGGAGGAAGCCAUCAAGGAGUGGGGGCAGCCCAAAUCCAUGAUCACCCACCUCAUCUUCUGCACCAACGGCAGCAUCCACAUGCCCGGCGCCGACUACCACCUCACCAAGCUCCUCAGCCUCCGCCCCACCGUCAAGCGCUCCAUGAUGUACCUGCAGGGGUGUUAUGGGGGCGCUGCCGCCCUCCGCGCGGCCAAGGACCUGGCCGAGAACAACGCCUCUGCUAGGGUUCUCGUCGUCAGCUCCGAGACCACCACCAUCGGCUUCCGCGGCCCGAGUGGGGCCCACCCCGAGAACCUCAUCGGGCAGGCCCUGUUCGGGGAUGCUGCUGCCGCCUUGAUCGUGGGCUCUGACCCGGUGGCCGGGGUGGAGCUGUCGCUCUUCCAGAUCGUCUCAGCGGCACAGGCGAUCAUCCCCAACAGCGAUGGCGCGAUCGUCGGGGAGGUGCGUGAGGCCGGGCUGGUCAUCCAUCUCCGGCCCGAUGUGCCGGCCUUGAUCUCGGGAAAUAUCGGGGCGAGUUUGGAGGAGGCUUUCGGGCCGUUGGGGAUCCGGGAUUGGGAUUCAAUAUUCUGGAUCGCACAUCCCGGAGGGCCCAAGAUACUCGAUCGGAUAGAGACGGGCUUGGGCCUGAAGCCCGAGAAGCUCCGGCUGUCGCGGCGCGUGUUGAGCGAGUACGGGAAUGUGUCCAGCGCGACUGUGCUGCUGAUUUUGGAUGAGAUGAGGAGGGCCUCCGCUGAGGAGGGGCUCAGCACCACCGGCGAGGGGCUUGAUUGGGGGGUGCUCUUUGGGUUCGGGCCGGGCCUCACCGUAGAGACGGUGGUGCUACGUAGUAUGCCGAUUAAUUAAGUUGUUACCGCUGGUUAUUCUUAUUGCAUGUUUUGAUAAAUGAAGAUAUGCCAUGAUCGUUGUGGUAAGUAUAUUUUUUUUAUUUCUUUACUUUGUACGUUUAAAAUAAAAUAAA